CAUUGUCAUUCCUCAAAACCAAGCAAGUGUGAGGCGGCGUGUGUGCGCGUUUAUUUUUUAUGUAAUUUCUGAAAUAUUUCUAGUAUUUCCAGAUUUGAUCCAACAUGUAGAAACUAAACUCAAAAUAUAAAGUGAUAGUUUUAAUAUAUAGUGUUUAAAAAUCAUUCUUCAUGUGUAAGUCUUCGAAAAUGGUUUCGGGGAGUACGAGGGUGAUACAGGUCACCAACAUCGCGCCCCAGGCGACAAAAGAUCAGAUGCAAACAUUAUUUGGUUAUUUAGGAAAAAUUGAUGACAUCAGGCUUUACCCUACCAUCAGAGAUGUAUCAUGCCCUGUUCAAUCCCGAAUAUGUUACGUGAAAUAUUAUGAUUCGGCGACUGUCAAUGUCGCCCAACAUAUGACGAACACUGUAUUCAUCGACAGAGCACUGAUCGUUAUUCCAAUGCAAUCCGGGGAAAUACCAGAUGAGCACAAGGCAUUAGAGAUGUCGAACAAUGGUACGUUGGUGCCAGGCUUGAGCGGAGUGGAGCCGCGUCUCCCCACGCAUAUUUUAAAUGCUCUGGAGGGCAUGCCGCCUAACCAAGUAAUUCAAACACAUGACCCUAAAAUGAUUGCGGCAGGGCUUCCUCCCUAUCCACCACUGCCUGCUACUUAUGAUGCGAGGAAGAUUGAAGAAAUCAGAAGGACAGUGCUAGUGGCCGAUGUGGGAGCACUGACCCAGCAACAACUUAUUGACCAUUUUUGCCAAGCGAGCGAGGUGAAGUACCUCCGCUUCUGUGAGAGAGAUGUGGACUCUGUGAAGUAUGCUCUUGUGGAGAUGACUGAACAAGAGGGAGUGCUAGCUGCCCUGCAACUGAAUGGUUCCACUAUUGAAGGUCAAACAAUCAAGGUCCACCAUGCUACACAGUCUAUCUCAAAGCCUCAGACAAAGAGCAAUGAGGCUGCCCAGCGUGAGAUCGAGGAAGCCAUGUGCCGAGUGAAGGAGGCCCAGAACUUGAUCUCGGCUGCUAUCGAUCCUGUCAUUGGAUUACUCUCUAAAGACAAAAGAAGAAGCCGGUCUCGGUCCCGCUCGCGCCGCCGCUCGCGCUCUCGCUCGCGCCGCUCGCGCUCGCGCCACCGCUCCAAGCGCUCGCGCUCGCGCUCCCGACAUCGCUCCCGGCGGUCCCGCGAGCGACACCGACACCGCUCCAGAUCUCGUUCGCGUCACCGCAGCUCGCGUCGCUCGCGGUCGCGCUCCCGCCACCGCAGCUCGCGCUCCAAGCGAGAUCGUUCCAGAGACAAAGACAAGAAGGAGACCAACGAUAAAGACAAAAAGGACAAGUCUAAAUCCCCGCCCAAAGACAACGAAAAAGAGGAGAAACAAGAGCCUAAAUUAGAAAUACAAGAGAGUGAAACGAACGGAAAUGGCUCCGAAAACAAAUCCAAAGCUUCUUCCCCGGCGGACGAUAACAAAGAAGUGGAGAAGGAGAAGGAAAGGUCGCCGUCGAAGAAGAGGUCGCGGUCUCGUGAGAAGAAACGCGACCGCUCCCGGUCGCGGCGCCGCUCGCGCUCGCGGUCCAGGCGCAAACGUUCGCGGUCGCGGCGGCGCUCCCGCACUCGAGAUAGAAAGAGAUCACGCUCUAGAGAGAGAAAGAGAAGUAGGUCCAAGGAUCGCAAGCGCUCCCGUUCUCGCGACAGAAAGAGGUCUAGGUCCAGAGAUAGGAAACGUACUAGAUCUAGGGAUAGAAAGCGUUCGCGGUCUAGAGAUAGAAAGCGGUCUCGAUCAAGCAGCCGGCGGUCCAAGAGUCGCUCCCACAGGGACUCCAAGACGCCCCACGACCGGAGGACUCGUGAACGCAGCCCCAACCUUACUAUAAUAGAAGAAAAGGACACUUCCGUUAUCGACAAAGCUCCAGAUUUGAAUGAGGAGAAAAAUUCUCCGGACAACAUGGACAUUUCUAAUUCACCAUAAAUAUUGACAUUCGUUUCAGUGCAUUAGUAUCUUAUUUUUGGUCUACAAUCUUAGCAAUUAUUGUAUCUCAAUGAUGAGUUUUGGUUAAGCUUAACUUGAAUAAUAAAUAAAAUACUUAGAUAUAAUA